AAUUUGAACAUGCCGCGGCCCCUAGACAACAGUUAUGAGAGUAGCAGCGAUGACGACGACGACGCGCUGCGGGUCGACGCGGCCUUCGCCAAGGCGUACAGCGCGAGGGAGCAAAAGCGCCUAGACGCGAGGCGGGCGGCCGGCGGCGAUGGCGUGCUCGACGCGGGCGUCGCCUCGUCGUCGGACUCGGAGAGCAGCGACGACGACGGCGCCGCGGCGCUGACGCCGCGCGUGGAAGCGGACGUGUUGAAGACGAUGGCGGCCAUCCGCCGCAGGGACGCCGCGGUUUACGACGGCACGACGGCGUUCUUCGCGGACGCGCCGCGCGCGCGGGCGCGCGCCAGCGCUGCGGAGGGGGCGGCGACGACCUUCAAAGACCUGGCGCGCGCGCGGCUCGCCGCGGGCGACGCGGGCGCCGACGCGGGCGCCGGCGGCGCCGCGCCGCGCCACCCGCACGCGUACGACGCCGAGCAGCGCGCGCUGCGACAGGCGAUGGUCGAGGCGGGGGCCGGCGACGCUGAUGAGUGCGCCCUCUUCCACCCCAAGAGGGCCGGGGGUGGCGGGGCCGACGACCGCGCGCCCGUCCGAGCCGCGCUGGACGAGCUGCGCGCGGCGCCCGCCGGCGACACCCUCCAGGACGCAUUCCUCGCCGACUUCGUCGCGGGGCGGCGCUGGGCCGCGCCGGACGCCCUGUCGCCGGAGGCCGAGCGCGACGCCGACGAUGCCGCCGACGCCGACGACGCCGACGCGUUCGAAGCUGCGUACAACUUCCGCUUCGAGAGCGGCCCGGCGGCGAUCGCGACGCACGCGCGCGCCACGCCCGGCUCGCUGCGCCGGACCGACGACCGGCGCCGGGCGAAGCGCGAGGCGCGCCGCGAGCGCAAGGCCGCGGACCGCCGGCGCAAGGAGAACGAGUUGAAAUGCCUGCGGGGCCUGGCCGCCAAGGAGGCCGCCGCGGUCGGCGUCGAAGCCGAGGCCGUCGCGCCGGGCGGCUUCCGCUACCGCGCCGUGCCCGCGGCCGACUACGGCCUCUCCACGGACGAGAUCCUGCGGACGCCCGACGCGGACCUGAAUCGGCUGGUGUCGGUGAAGCGCCUCGCGCCGUAUCGCGACCGCGAGUUCCAGGUGACGGCGGACCGCCGGAAGCGGUGGCGCCGCGACCAGGCCGCGCGCGAGGAGGCGAGGGUCGCGGAGAAAGAGGCGGCGAAGCGCCGCCGCAAGCGCGCGCGGCGCAAGGCCGCGCGCGCCGACGCGCUCUGACCUACUUGGUUACUUGGUCCCACUCGACCUACUUGUCCUUUAAGAUAGACGUCUAAAGCGCCCGGAAUCGGCCUAGGCACAAGCCGGAAAUUCCCUUCCUUAGAGCCCUAUAUAGAUAUGGAACGCUAGGAAAUAAUUUUUCCGUAAUUAUGGUUCAAUUUA